AUGUCAGUACAACUAUUGGACUUGCCUGCAGAAUUCAGACGACUACUAAACGGCUUAUGCAAAAUCAAACUUAAUAACGAAGAUUACCUGGCAGCUUGGUAUGAUGAGAAUAUUUUGCUCUCGCCCAUCAAAGUGGGGGGAGAUGUGUGCAAGAUUUGGAAAAUUAAAGAGUCAGUGCGAUGGGUGUUUCAUAACCGAAUCUCUCUAUACUGUGUAGAUAAAAGUGGCAUUAUUUAUACCCUUGGCUGUGUUCAAAAUGAAGAUGAUUUGGAUGUAUUUGAUUCAUCCGUUGAUGAAUAUAAGACCUUGGGUAUGGGGCAGGCUUUUAUUCCAUGCAGUAUUGUCAAGAGCAUUGUGUGCAUCAGUCCUUUGCGUUGGGGGUUUAUAUUACUAAAAUAUUGUUUUGGAAAACUGUAUGUUGAGUUAUAUGGAAGUGUUACAAAUGACAAUGAAAUAAAGAAAUCUGCAUGUUUCGAGUUAUGCACUGCACAUGACAUAUCAACAAAACAUUGUGUACUCAAAGUUUUUCAAGCUGACAGUAUGACUCCAGAUUUUCGCCAAGAAUUUUUAAAGAUUCUUGAUGAAUAUGCUGCAGAGAUUGUUUUUAUUGGAUUACCAAAUGGUUAUGUUUAUAAUGUGGUUGUGUGUUCAAAAGGUAGUGUAUUUCUUUCAAAACCUGCAUUGAUAUAUUCGAGCACAUACUCAGUGGUUGAUAUAGUGCCUAUUUGUGGUACAGAAGAGAACUUAACUUCAAAGAUAGGAAUUGUUCUUUCCUGUGGCACUGUUGUUUUCGUAUGGUAUGAUAUUUUAUCUCAUUCAUUAUGUUACAAAGUGUGUAAUUUGCCAAGUUAUCCUCUGGUUCUCUUGGACACAGGGGAUUCUUUUGUUUAUGGGGAUGGACUGGAUCUUUGGCAUUGUACAUUGAAUAGAAGCACUUCAUCAAUUGAUUUCAAUUUAUUAGCUAUUAAAGGAGUGUGUUUUAUAACAAAAUAUAUGGGAGAUAUUAACAUCUUAGCAGCUACUGUUCAUAAAACAUUUUACAGCAUAAUACUUAAAGAUUCUACCUUGGAUCCAAACUUUAAAGGAAGAUCCACUUGUAGUAGCAUUUGUGAAAUGACUGAAUCACUGUACAGAGAACUACAACAAAUUGAAAUGUACAAAAAAGAAGUGAAUUGUGAAGAAAAUUUCAUUUCUGGAGUAAGUAUGUUUUCAAGACACAUGCUGUAUGAAAAAUGUUUCAGUGAUGUAGUUUCUGUGCAGAGUUUGAGUUGUAUUAACGUGGAAAAUUAUUUAUUCAAUUAUUGUCAUAGUAAUGGUUUUGAAGAAAUGUCAACUGGUAACAAAUCACUCUCAAACUUUUUCCUGAUAAAUAUUAGUGUUGAAAAUAAAUCUGAAUUGGACUUUUCCCCAUUUCUUUGGUCACUUGCUUCUUCAGUUACAUCGGGUGGAGUAACAACUCAAAUAUGUAAUAAAUUAUUACGUUCCUUUAAGAUUGGCAGCAGUUUAUCAUCUUCAUUGAUUUUAUGUAUUGAACAGCCAUUUUUGGGAGUUUCUGUAAAUAUUUCGUUAGUAAGACAGCUACUUGAUGAUAGUAAAAGUUCUGCUACAUCACCAUGGCUCAUUAUUCCAAUAAUAGUGAAAGAAUUGGAUACUACCCACUUCUUGAGAAAUUUUGUAAUAGAAAGGGAAAACAAAGAUUUAUUCAAGGAGAAUAUUUUAUAUCUUGCCCAAAAAAAUAACUCAAACCUUGGUAAACCAUUUUUUGAAAACUCAAAUGUUUUUGAACCCUGUUAUGUAUAUGAAUUUCAUGUUCCUUCAAAUGUUAAUGAGUUCUGGUUAAUGAUCCAACAACUUUGUAGCUGUGAUCAUUUACUUAGAGAAAAGGUACUUGUACAUGAAAAUUGUCAUUCCAUUGUAAACAAAUUUUCUGCAUUUGCUGGUGCUUUGGAAAUAGAAUUUAUUUUAUCAGGUCAAAGAAUAAAACUUUCCUCACCAAGUUCUUUGCUUCUCUUUGCUGUGAAGGAAGCAAUCAUUGAGAGAUGGAAAUUUCAUUCUGAUUCUUCACAAGCCAUUCCUUUACUUGAAAGUGUUGUUGCUAGAGCUUUAUUGUAUAAAGAAAAAAUGCAAAUUGAAAAGAUGACUCACAGUAAGAUGGAAUUUGAAGCUUUUAAAAAUGUUUGGAGACAUUUUAUAUCAGAAUUCUUAAAUGUUUAA